AUGGAGGCUCAGUUCAACCUGUCGAGGAUUACCAGCGAUGAGACCAAAUUUUACCACAUCCUCAGCAACCUUGAACCUCAGUACGCAGAUCUCGUGGAGGAGCUCGUCUUGAACCCACCGGCUACGGACAAGUAUGAGAAGCUGAAGACUGAGCUCAUACGUACCUUGUCUCAGUCAAAGGCCAAGAAGCUGCAGAGACUUCUGGAUAGAGAGGAGAUCGGUGACAGAAAGCCAUCUCAUUUUCUACGGCACCUUCGCAACUUAGCUGGACCCGGCUUACCCGAAGAGUUCCUGUCUGGCAUCUGGACGAGCCGACUACCGAGUAGCAUCCAGACCAUCCUCGCUUCUCAACCCACCGCUUCGCUCGAGACGCUUGCUGACCUGGCGGACAGGAUCCAUGAAGUGGUUCCACCGUCACCGUUAGCUCCAGACAAGCUGAAGAUUGCUAAGCAGGAGUUCGAUGAGAUGUUGGCCAGUGAUUUAUGCCCCAAGCUGCUGCAACACAAGCUCCUCUGA